GGGGUGGCUGGGCUCCACUUGCAUGCUAGUUUUGUGAACCCAAGCAAAAAAGUGACAUUUGACCACGCUUUUGGGCUGCAGAAAAGUACCCAGAAAAGGCACUUUGCGGGCAAUUACAGUUUCCCUUGGCGGAGGUGUGGCCCAAUAGUGUGGAUUUUUAAACGAGACAGACGCUUAGGGAGGAUGAUGGACCUUAAAGAAUAUCUGCCUCCUGAAGCUCGUGGAAUGACUGUGCUGGACAGGAGUGUCUUCCAAAAGAGCAUCCGUGUGCCCAAGCUUAAAGUAGAGGCUAUUAAACUUCUGGAAGUUUUGCCAAUUGUAAAGGAAAAGAUGCUCAAAUUGGGCCAUUUAAAAGCAGUUUCUGGAGAGAAUGUGAAGACUGUACUUCUAAAUCCGGGAAUUGUAAAAAGUUGGGAAGAUGUCAAGGGUCUUGAACAAGUUAAGAUCACAGAGGAUUCUUUGAUUUUCGAGGAGAUUGAAAUUAAUUAUGAGAAUUUCAAGUAUGAUGAAAUUUUUCGUGCAGUCUUCCCAGAAGAUCAGGAAAAUCUCACUUCCUUUUCCCGAAUUGGACAUAUUGUGCAUGUCAAUCUCAAGGAACAUCUCUUGCCCUUCAGGAGACUAAUUGGUGAGGUGUUUCUGGACAAAGUUCCAGGAUGUCGGACAGUUGUUAAUAAAAUCCACACAAUUGAGUCAAAGUUCAGGAACUUUGAGAUGGAACUUCUGGCUGGGCGAGAACGUUACCAAGUGGAAGUCAAGGAGAAUGGAUGUAUCUUUGAAUUGGACUUUAAUAGAGUGUACUGGAAUCCAAGAUUAGCCAGUGAACAUGAGAGAAUUGUUAAAAGUCUCACUUCCGGACACCAUUUUUGCGAUGUAUUCGCCGGUGUUGGCCCCUUUAGUAUCCCAGCUGCUAAGAAAGAAUGCCGUGUCCUGGCCAAUGACCUCAAUCCCGACAGCAUUAAUUGGCUCAAGCACAAUGCCAAGCGCAACAAAGUCGAAGACUCCAUUGAGAUCUGUAACAAAGACGGACGGGAAUUUAUUUUGAGUGAUCUCAAGACUCAUCUGGUUGAAUUCUGGCACCACAGAGACCCUAAAAAAUCUCUCACCAUUGUCAUGAAUCUUCCAGCACUUGCAAUUGAAUUCCUGGAUGUCUUCUCUGGCCUUCUAAGUGAUCAACCUGAACUUCAGGCAAUGGAUCGAUCCCUGCCUCUGGUCCAUGUCUACACCUUCCUCAAAGGAGGCGCCCCUGAAGAUGCCAGAACUUCUGCAGAGUCCCACCUUGGUCACAAAAUCACAGACUUCCAGGGAGUGUCCUUUGUGCGGAAUGUGGCUCCAAACAAAAACAUGUUCAGAGUCACUUUCCGCCUCACAGAUGACAUCCUCUUUGCCCGAAAGGCCCCAAAACGUCCAGCUGUAACUGACGAUCAGGCACCUCAGCAAAAACUCCUUUGUACCUCCCAAGAUGACGAAUAAACUUUACAAGAGGA